UGUCACGACUGCCACUCCGCGCAGGCAAACUUCGGUAUUGUGCUUUUGUUUCAGAUCAGAAUAAUUAUACUUCGGUAACUCUUUUGCAUGUUUCCUUUGAACUUCCCUGUUUUUAUGUUCACAUUAAAGGAGACCUGUUAUGCAAAUGUCAUGCUUUGCAUGUUUUUGUACUUCCGUUUGGGUUUUUACUUAUUCUAAAAACAACCCAAGUGUUUAAAAAAAAAAACAAACACACUCAGGCAUUUUCUGGUGUUUAAGGUGGAAACGUUUGUUCUGGUAAAAAGACAUGAUGGCCAGAGAGAACGUAGAAAAAGAUCAGAACUGAAAGUGGAACGUGUUCGGCCUAGUCCAACCCCAGACCUAGAGCUUAUAGAGAUGCUAUAGGGUGACAAACUUUCCUCAGACCAACCUUAGAGACUGGUAAGAGGCUCCAAGAAAAGUCUUACUGUAGCUAUUUCAUUUAGAAGUGGUAAAAUUAGCUAUUAGCAGGUGGAAUGUCCUAACGUUUUCCUCAGUUGUAACAGAUAUUUCUGUUUAUAACUUUUGAUAAUGAACUAAACUGUAUUUUUUGUGAUAACCGGUAAUUAAAAGAUUUUGUUUUCCGGAGUUAAAAAACAGUAGACAUAGUGAUGUUAACAAAUCUUUUUAAAGAACUUAAUAUUAAAUGUGAUGAAUUAUUUGUUUCACAUUUACGUUUCUAACAUCAGGCUGAGUCUCAAAGUUAGUACCAUCAAGUGAAGAAUAAACUUCCUCCGCAUUUUUUUUAUAGAUUUCUUUGCUGCGAGUAAAUUUAUGUUUACAAAUUUAAUUUUCAACACUUUCAGCUAGGAAUAGUUUGCAUGGCCAAGAAAUAAAGAAAAGAUGUAAUGGGCAAAAGCUAGUAGAGACAUAAUUCCCCCACAUUUAUUGAUGCACCUCUAUUUAACAAACAGUGGAUAAAAAUGGUAAAAGUAGCAAUCCUGACAAUUUUAGGGUUUUUUUAAACAUCAUUAAUUGUAAUUUAUCGUGACAACAAUAAAAUCGAAAUCUUAUCAUGCUAAAAAAUGUAGCACAAUAAAUGAUAAACGAUGCUUACGUUGGAGUUAAUAGUUGUAAGCUAUUGAGAAAAGUUCAGGUUGUGUGCAUACUUUCGUUGGUCACUUCAGAUGUGUUGCCACCAAUAUUUCCUAAUAGGUGUUUUUAUUGCCAUGCAUUAGAAAAUGUUAAAAGUCUUUUGAUUUGUACUAAAAGUAGUUAAUGUGGUAAGUCAGACUAAAUAAAAAAAAACAUUAACAAGUUCUAAAGCAGCAAACAUUUAACUCAAAGUCAGCUGAUUUUACCAAACGAGGAUAAAACCAGCAUACACAUUUAUUGCUAAAAAAACAAAAAGCUGGUAGGGAAAUAAACAUUUCCAUUACAUUUUAAGCUAAUCUAAAAACUUGUUUUGGGAUAGAUCUGAAUUCUGCAGAAAACCAAACCAAAAUACCCAUGCUGCAGCCUUGGUGGCUCCCUUUUUGGUCAUUCAUCUUAGCAUGUUUGUAUUUUCCAACCAAUAUUUGCAUAUCCUGUCAAUGUGGCCUCUGCUCCAGGUUUGCAACAAAGCCGAACCCUCGCGGUCAUUUGCAUCCAGUCGCCUGUUUUCCACUGUGCUGCCUGGUUGCUGAAUAACUGAUGGUCGCUCCGCUGGUCUGACGAGUGCUUUUGCAUAUCAGGCAGGCUGUGCCAGGCUUACCUCCCGUUGUAGGAUCAUUGUGGGAAAUCACAUGUGUUUAUGCUCAGUAGAGGGAAUGAUAACAAGAGGAGAAGCCUUUUGUAUGGAUACACACCAUUAUUGCAAUUUGGAUUUUUAAGGACUAUAGGGGAAAUAUGACUUUGCAGGUAAGAGGGUUUUUAAAAAAAAAUCUGUUCCAUAGUUGCUUUAUUUUUUUGUAUGUGUUUAGAGAUAAUCCUAGUUUGAGAAGUAUCUAUAUUGGAUUUUCAGUAGCUUUCAAAAAUCUCUGUGCUGUAUUUCUAUCCAGAGAUGCCAAAAGGGUGGAAGCAGGUUAAUUGUCAGUUUGACACAAUUAUAUUUUUAAAGUUCAAGGGCAGCAUCACCAAAACGUAAAAUUCAGCUCCUCAUUUAGUGAUCAGCACAGAGCAGAUGCUUUUAAAAAAAACAAAGGCCCAAGGUUUGUUGUGUCGAGUGUAAAAAUCCUCCUGCCGCAGUGUUGGUCCUCUGUCAAGAAAAGUCUUGGUUAAAAAUGUAUGCUAAAGUAGUUUUUUUUUUUAAAGUGUUAAAAAUUACAUUAGAUUUUCUGUAAAGUUCAAAAAGUGUUUGAGUUUUUCAAAUCGCUUUUAUAAAUUCCUUUCAUUUUCUACCUGAGCGUAGAAAAUGAAAAAAAGUGUUACCAAUGUAUCAAACUCUUACUCUGAAGGUAUUCAGGAAGUUCUGUCUCUGUUCGGCUGUUGCACUGAUGCCUUUAAGACAAUGGAAAGUUGUCGAACUGCGUCUAGCGAAGCGCCACGCUUUACUUUAGCGUGCUGUCGAUUACAAGCAAAACACUCCGGUACAAUGGCGGUGGUCCAAAAAAAAAAAAAAAGCUGAAAACGCUGAAACAAGUUAAACAGGCAAAUCAAAUCAGUCAAUUAGAAUUACCUCACCUAGCAUCAGCCAACCACAGCCUAAUUAUCCCAACAAAGUUCUAGAAAAGUUGCAGUAAGUGUUGGAGCAGCGGUUUUCUGAACAUCUCUUGAUGUGGGCCAAAAAAAAAAAAAGCAUGUGCUUAAAUUAAGUGGUGGAUUUUGAAAAACUUUCCUGUGGGAAACAAUGCGCUUGUGAGAGCAGAGGAAAAAAAAGUAAAUUCAAGGCAUUUUAAUAGCUUUACCAUGGGUGCCGAUAAGUGUGGAGUGUGCUGUGACCUGUGUGAGCGUUAACAUGAUGAUAGGGAGGAGAAGGUUGGGUAUUAGUAGGUCUAACAAGGCAAAUUGACAGAAGUACAAUGUUAUUUUUAGUUCAAGGGCAUGAGUUGGACUAGAACAUUGGUCAUGCAGUGGGAGUGUCGCAUAUUAACAGCAAUAAAGUCAGAAUUUAAAAAGAGUUUGUCAGUUUUUCUGUGAUAUUGAACCACAAAGCCCGGUGCUUGCUUUACAUGCUGUUCUUGUGUGUUUGGACUGGGAAGAAGAGCUCAUACUAUAGGAAGCAAAAAGCAUUAGCGGGGAAUAUGGGAAGUGGCCCAAAGAUAGUGUCGGUUAAAACAAUCAGUUAGGCAACUGCAGUAAAAACGAGUGUGCAACGCUGUAAAAGCACUUUUACAUGCAUCUUUAUCUCCAGACAGUCGGUGAUGGAUGUUGCAUCUUCUGACGGACGCUGAACGGGUUAAUGCGAAUGUGCGCCGACUUGUGUGUUUGUUGCACGCACGUGCCUGUCCAUGUGUGUGAUAUGCAGAUCCUGUUCCUCUGUCUCUGUCUGCGCCCAUUAAAAUGCACAUUUAGUGUGUGUCAGAGCUGAGUGAAACACUUGGGCUGAUGCCAGAAAGCCCUCGUACCAAACAAGGAAGGGAAUCCUCUCAGUCCUCCUCCUCCUUCCUCGGCGCGUCGUCUUUCUCCUCAAUGUGCAUCCACACACUCCAGUUUUUUUUUUUUGUUUUUCCUCCCCAGAUGAUUUUGUCCGGCGAGGAGAAAGCGGAGCAUGAUUGUUGAUUUGUUCCUGCUCUCUUGAGUUGUGUUUCAACUGUGUUUGUUCCAUGCACGCAUGAAGCCCCACAGCGGGAGUGGAGUGGAGAUGAGAAAAAGGCAGGCGGCUCACAUCGAGGCCCCGCCCCAGGCCCCUGGACAGCCUCGACCGAAUACCUGCUGCCUCUGCUGGUGCGGCUGCUGCAAGUGUUUGUGGAAUGAAGACAGAAUUGAGAGGAGCGAACGGCAGACCUGCACCAAGAUGGACAGUAUUGAAGCUGCUGGAGAACAACGUCCCAGUUUAGAAGAGUUGCUGUCGUGGUCACGGAGCUUCGAGAUGAUGCUGCGCUCGCUGGAGGGCCGAGAGGUCUUCCGAGACUUCCUGCGCUCUGAGUACAGCGAGGACAACCUGCUUUUCUGGUUGGCCUGCGAAGAGUUGAAAAAGGAGACCAACCCCUCGGUGGUGGAUGAGAAGGCCAGGAUUAUAUAUGAAGAUUACGUCUCUAUAUUGUCGCCCAAAGAGGUGAGUCUGGACUCUCGGGUCAGAGAAGGAAUAAACCAGAGCUUGACGGAGCCUAGCAACAUGAUGUACGAGGAGGCCCAGCUCCAGAUCUACACCCUGAUGCACCGGGACUCCUUCCCCCGUUUCCUCAACUCCUCCGUUUACAGAGACCUCCUGGACAGCAGGAGGCGCACCUGCCUCGACACCUAAACCUCGCCACCGUUCGUCAUUGCCAAUGUACGCCAACGAGACUACUACUUAAAAACUUCAAAUGCUACUACGGUGCCAGAAGUCAGGUUUGGAAGAAAAUAAGCAAAGUCUCUCUCUCUGUUCUGACAGGGGGGACAAAAAAAAGCAAAAACAAUCUUAAAUAACAUCCAAGACAGCUGGUUGAGUUAUUUUUUGUUUGUUUGUGUUUUUUUAAUUUAUAUUUUUUAAGCAGUUUCUAUCCAGUUGUUCACUGGAGCUAGGUCGGCCUUUGCUGGCUGGUUAAUUGGUCGCUUUGAGACCAUUAUUGCUGGCCAGUGAUUGUUUUGCUAGCAAUUUGUGCUGUUUCGUUUGAUUCGAGCGGCCGACUCCGUCCUCGUCAGCGGUCGGUUUGAACGGCCGACCCGAUGCGCAGGUUGAGCGUGGACAAGGACUCCUCAGGUGGUGAGGACGCAGAGAAGGAAAGAGACGUAAAGGACAAACCCACUGUUCCCGUACUGUAAUAAUCGAACCUCAUUCUUUCUUUACCUUCACUUUACUGCUUUGUCCUUACUUGUCGGUUGUUGUCCCAUCUCCCCGUUGUUUUUUUGUUGUUGUUUUUUUCUGUUUUAUACCUCCUCACUGUCCAAACAUGACACCCAGUGGCUGGUUGGAGUGGGAGAAUCUUUGCCUUUUUAACCAGUUGAAGCAUCGGCUCUCUGUGCAUGCAGCUCUCUCUUUUUCUAUCACUCUCUCCCUGUCUUUAUUGUAGCUUGACAAUAUAAGCCGCGGACUGCAACCUUUUCCGAGAGGUACUAAGGCUGGCUCUUACUGGUUGUAUACGCUCAGCGAAGGGGGGAAGAAAAGGUACGUCAGUUUUACCAAUACUGCAGUUUUUAUGGAGAGGUUUUCUCCAGCCCUUCUUCUUGUCCGUCCAUCCGUUUGUCCGAGCGUUUUCCUUCAUGUAACCGGGAGAAGUAAGGGCUAGAAUUGUGGUUGGGCAGCUACUUCUAACAUUAUAUAACUCACGAACUUCUCUCCGCUGAGAAGAAAAAAUCACAAUGCCUUUACGCGUAAAGGAAGGCGGCAGAAGCGCAGAUUUGCUGUGAAGCAACCACAGUUUGUCCAACAAUCCCUACCUCCCAUACUUUAAAAAAUGUUUUUAUUUAUUUUUAAUCCCUCCCUCUUUCUCUCACCUGCUCAAAGAACCCCCUACAGCUUGAGAAGCACAGGUGCCAAGUUUGGGCCAAAACUGCAAAUGGCGAAAACAAAAAUAAACCUUACAUUGUCUAGAUGAGCAGAGAAUUAUGGGAAGGAAAACGGUAGCAAUUUCCUUUGGUGCAGGCGUAAACAUGUGAGCUUUUUUUAACCCCGGCCUUUGAAAGGCUUCAGCUUUAGACCUCGAGGUGUUGGAUUUUCAGAGGAUUGCUUAACUGGGUGCCAAAUGGGACUUCAAAGGUCCUGGGAAGAGGUUUUUGAUUUAUUAUUAUUUUUUUAAUGGGUCUGCUUUUUUCAGAGGGCUGGUUCAAUAAUGCUGAAAGGCUACAAUCCCAGGUUAGCAAAGAAAUCUGCUCCACACAAGCCUUUUUCACCUUAAACCAAAACGGUUUAAGCAUGCUGUAGACGAGCAGGAUGAUAGGAUGCUUGUGCUAAUCUUCCCUCCCACUGCCAGCCCUCACACACUCUGGUCUGUUUUUCUAACCUGACUUGAACAGCAUGCACUUAUAAAUGUGUGUGUGCGUGUGCGCGUGCGUGGAUGAGACACAAUAAAACACCGAACAGGAAUAGAAAAGUUAAGUUGCCAAAUGUCCUGUUAACAUGUUUAACAUACAAUGGACACUGUUUUUUUUUCUUCUUUGAAAUGAUAUGAACAUUUAAACAGAAACUUUGUUGUUACCUGUGGAUCUUCAGUAGAAAGUGCAUGGGUGCAGCGUAUAAGAUGCAGUUUUAUCACAACGAGCCUCUGUGUUCAUUGAUUUGAUGGAUAUGCGGAACCAGAUAGUCCGGUCGGGAGAGUGCUAAAUGUAUCGGUGACGCUGCUCUCACACAGAGGCGUCCAUGUUGACGCCUUCUCUAACUACCUGAUGUUCUUGUGCCAAUCUGGAUCUGCAGUAAAGAGACAUUUGGUUCCGAUUAGUGAGGGUUAGGCAUGGGCCGGUACAAUAACCGCGCUUUGACGGUAUUAACACAAAAAAUUUAACGCAAGUACGUCCAACGGCAACCGAUUGCUUAAGUUUAUUUCCGCUGCCGUGAAAAAAACACGGCUGGGUGGUUUUUAGGGACAGCUGACGUUGCAGUUUUAUCGUUGAACGUUAUACGUCAUAAUUUCUUUUCCGUCACCACAAAGACGCCAACGCUCUUCCUGAACUUGAUGCUGUAAGGUCUUCAUCAGUCGUGGACAAAAGAAGUCUGUGAAAGUCAAUCUGAAUGGACAAAAACAUCACUAGAAAGGAGCAAUUCAGUGCAUGAAGAGUGAAAUACUUAGUCUGAUCCAAUCACUCUCUGACCUUGUGAGCAUGAUUGUGAUUGAAUAUGUCGUGCAGCUUGAGGUAUGCAGUAAACUUUUGAUUGCUGCAAUUAUAAAAAUGUCCCAACAUUUAUUUAUUUUGAUACAUCGAGCAGUUUUGUUUUUUUUUUAGAAAAAAAAAGGCCUGCUAAAUUUAGUAGCAUUUUUCAACUGCUUAUUGUAACAGAAUAUGGGACAGUUUGUUUAUUAAUGAGGCUAUCGGCCUGUGUAAUAACAAUUUGUCUCCUAACAUCCAAAUUUGUGUGGCAAGGGAAAAACAUAAGACGUCUAACUUUCUGUGCUCAGCAACAGGUGGGCGAGGGACAGUGCUCUGUUGUAUAACCAGAGAGAGCUCCAGCAAAGCCAACAUUUCUUCUGGCCCAGGUCAGCGUUGUUGACCUCUUUGGGUUACCUUAAACCUCAAAGACCGGCCCAUGCCUCGCGAGGGAAGAAUCUGAACCUCGUUGCUUUUCUAGUCCACAUAAAUUACACAGAACACUUUCUAGACUGUCGUCGAUCCAGAUGAAACUCAUUUCCACCAGAUUGUGACUGAUGUUGCUUGAUUGCGCGAGUGAUGAGCUGUGCACAUGCAUGCGCCCCGUUGAUCAUCAAAGGCAAAUGAAUCGAAGAAUUUGUAAAAAAAAAAAAAAAAUUAAUUAAUUAAAAAAAAUCUGACGGUGAAGGUCAAGUUUCACGUACGAAACUCGUUUCUGUAGAAAAAUGUCAAAACUUGCGGUAGCUUUUCGUUUCGGCCAUUUUUUAAAAAUGGACUCCUGCUGGCAAAUCCCUCCUCUGCGCAAAUACGCUUGUAUGUUUUCUAUAUAUUAACUAACACAAGAAUGUCUCACCAGGAACCAGAUAACGAAAUUAUGGUGCAAUCAAACCGAGUUUACAUUCAUAAACAAUGAGAUGCGUGUAACCUGUUUAAAACGUGCGGCGCGGCGGGGGGAGUUUAAUAGCCAGCCGGUUUGAAACUUGAUGGUGUUUCACAACAAGGACACAAGAAAGCAGAAACCUUAGCUUCUGCUGCUGUCGUCCUCUAAUUUAUUCCAACUUUUCCGCAGCGGGAGAAGUGCACGUGGUUGUUUGAAUUUUAUUUUUAAUACCUGCAUUGCGAUGGUGGAUUUUUACGAGCAAUGAUCAUGAUGUGAAGUGAGUUCCGAUUUUUUGAUUUUGUCUUUAAAUUCCCAAUGGAUUCCAUGUGAGAUAGCGUUUGAGACAUGGCUUUGGUUUUAUAGAUGAGAAAUGAUAAUAAUAAUAAUAAUAAUAAUAAUGAUAAUAAAAAAUAAAUACAUUAAAAAAACAAAAAGGUUGAAAGCUGAAGUGUCCUGACGGGGAUUGGAGGUCUGCAAAGCUUUGGCCUUACUGACAGUUUAUUUUUUUUUCUUUUAUAUUUAAGAAAAGACAAACAUUUAUAUAGGUGUUUCACUACCUCUCAUGUUGGUUAAUUUAUUUCACAUCUAGUUGUCAAUGUACAAGUUGUUUUUAUUGUUUUUUUAGAUCUACUUGAAGCCUAACACUGUAAACAACUCUGUGUAAAUGACCAGAGAGGUAGAAGAGAAGCCUGGGCCUAGUCGACAUGAUAAUUCUGAAUAUUAUUUUUGUUUAUGUGUAUGUUUGCUUUGAAUUGUGUUGAGCUGAACUAGAUUUUGCAUCUCUGUAAAGAAUUCAGGAAUCCACUGUUUAAGGGCUAAUCCCAUUUUUGCCUAUGCAAAUCUGUUACUGUGGGUGAGUUCAGAGAGGGCGCGCCGGCGCUCCUCUCAGCUGUUAGACGGACCAUGGUUUACAUUGCCCUUUGCUGGUUUUCUUCAAUCCUGUUCAGCAAAAAUGUACUCUUAUAAACAAGUAAUAUAGACAGAAGAGAGUAUAUGCCUUUAUGAUGAUUAAAAAAAACAAGAAACCUUAUUUAGAAGAACUUUUAACUUGUUGUCUUGACGUCGAGCGGCCGAGCGCUAAGGUUUUUGGUGCGACGCAGCAGUUGGUAGUCGACUUUCAGGCUACGACUUUAGUAGCUGAACUGUGCAGGAUUGCCUGACUGAAAACGUAUUUAUGUGAGGAGCAACCACACUAUCACCUUCACCAACACACCGACACCCAGUCUGGGAGGUCAUACGUGUAUUUGGGCCGUCUAGGUCUUAUUAUUGUCACGUUCAGUGUAACAUUUUGUCAUUUCUUUUAAAACAAGACCAUGUGACUUUUUGUGGCCAAUCUCUCCCUCCUCCAUUUUGUGUACUCGCGUUACCAUUCUGCCCCUGUUUACUUCCAUUUUGUAUCCCACAUACUUAAACUGGUAUAUAUUUUUAUAGUAAUUAUUUUAAUAUGACAAUAAUCAUAAAAAUACUCAAUAACUGAAUUGCAUAUUAGGUUCUUUAGAUUUUAUAUUUUAUAUUACACCCUAUUUUCAGUGAUUGUGGUUCUGAUACUGCAGUUCCCCCUCAUGAAAUGUGACUCUUAAUCAAACCAAAAUAACAGGACAAUAUAAGAUAAUAACAGAUAAUAAUACAAUAUAAUAAUAACAGACCGCUACAGGAGAUCUUUCCUGCCAACAGUCAUCACUAUCUACCGUAUCACUUUGAAGAAUUUGAGUUAAUGAGUUACAACAACGUUUAAUUUCCCUUUGGAAUCAAUAAAGCAUUUUUGGAAUUUGAAUUAUCCUGUUGCCAAGUUCUUUAUACAGAAAGUAGCUACUGACUGCCCUAAAAGUUGCUACAAGCUGCUAAAUGUUGUUAAUGCCUAAUUUGCAUAAUUGGCUGUGUGAGGAAAAAUGGUUCAAAAUGUAGAAAAAUGACUUAAAAAUGUUUAGGAUUCCAAAUUCUUCUGUGGAGUUUCGCUUUUUAAGGUUAUAGCAACCCUCAACAACACAGUCAGUGGUGCCUCACUUCCUCCACUAACGAUACAAUUUCUAGCCCUAUCGUGUUAUUAUAACAUUUUCCUGAACCAGGCCAUGUCUGAAGAGCCCAUGGCUGCAGUAGUCUCCAUAAGUCUACGUUAAGUUAGCCACAGAGUGGCGCUGGCAGCUAGUUUCAUUUACCCAUUCUUUCAAAGCAAAUGAAGGGAGAUUGCAUGUGCAAAAAUGUUUCCAUUGCGAAAACAAAUUGAAACAUUUGCAGUGCUGAACUUUCAUUGGGAGACAUCUUUGUUUUAUAUCCAAAGCAACCCAACUGGACAAAAUGACCCCAACACCAAAAUUAUAUGGUCAAUAUUGACAUUUUAAAGCAUAAUUUAGGAAUAAUCAUUUUAUAAAAGCAGCACUUUACUAAAGUCACCCUAUCUGCACAUUAAUGAAUUGGUUCUAAUUGGACAUUUACGAAUAUUUUUAGGAACUAGGUUUAUUUAAGUUACCUAGUCUCACUUUGAAGGGCUGACCUGAAACAAAUCUGGGAAAUGAGCAAGUGGUGCAGUAAUGGAUAUGAGCACUGUCCAUUAGCCACGUAAACUAAAUAAAUAUAAUUUUAAAAAUCUCCACUUUCCAUUUAAUUUAAAUUUUUUGAAAUAAUCUUUUUCUUUUUUACCUUCUUGGUGUCUGCCAGCACACACUGCACAUUUGUUGCGACUUUGUAACCAACCAGAGCAGCACAGUGUCAUCAGCAAACAGUGCCAACUUCCUUCUACUUCUCGUAGCCACAUCCACUUAGACUAUCACUGUGUUAAUACAGUAGCAUUUAUAUGGAGCGGAUUCAGGUUAUUUUUACUUGUUUUUUUUCAUUUUAAACCAGCCUCAUUCACCUUGUAUCAAGUUAGCACCUAAUGUCGCUUUUAUUUAUUUACUAUUUAUUUGAAUUUGAAGGUUGGGAGGUGAGUUUUUGCUUGACCUCCAACCAAAACAAAAAAAACAGCUUAAUUUCUUUUUAUCUAACAGUCCAUACCCGUGGCUAACAAGGACAAGCUUGUUGACUGAUGGCGGUUCGGGUUUUCCCUCAGUUGGGUACGGUGCCUCUUUAUGCUUUACAACAGACCUCAAGACCUCGUUCUGUCUCACUUCUGGGUCUGUCUCACUUUCUGUGUGUCGGGUCCUCACUUUCAUUAUUUUUUUUUUUGCCAUGUCUUGAAAGCAUGGCGUCACACAUGACAUCACUGAAGGCAGUCGAGGCGGAAACGGCCCCAUUUAGCAGCAAAAAACCCCAACAAAAACGACGACGCUAAUGCUGCGUUCCUCGUACACGAGUACCCGCUCCCUCAUCCGGUCUUUUUCGUGCCUCUUCCUGAGGCGUUUGUGCUUCUUUAGGGAAGAGAUCACGUCUGUGUAGGUGCUCCUUGAAGUUGGCUAGGAACAGUUUAAGGCAAUCACUUUUCUCUUUAUUGAUUUAGAUGCCUAAACUUCUUGGUUUUUGUCAUGCCUUUGUAGAUAGACCGCAGCUGUCGAGGAACAAGCUGCGAACGAGAACAUUGAAAAGACGAGUCACUUUAGACUAUUUUAAAAGUGACACUUUUUUCUAUUCAGCAUGCUUUGUGCUAAAUAAAUGAAAUAAUUCAGUUAUUUGCUAUAAACGAUACUGUAUGAGUAUGUAUUCCAGUACUGCAGUAUGCAGACAUUUCAAAAUAUGAGAAACUCUUUUAAGAGGUUCAUAUUUUUUUUCUAGUAUGUUUGACUAAUAGAGACAGCUAUGGGUACUUAAUUAUAGUUUCGAGUGUUUCAUGAAUUGCCAGAAUGACGUAAUGACCCUCUCUGGUUUUUUUUUUUAAACGAUCUACAGUCUUCGGCUGUUGUCACACGCAUGAUUCAAAGAGCUUUUCCGAGACAGGAACGUUUGAUCAAGAUUUCUGUCUCACAAGAAUUCCCUGGCUACUUUACAACACUUGGGAAAAAUGAAAAAAAGACUGAUUGUUUUGUUUAUGCAAAUGAAGACAUUUUGGAUCUUUGUGGUCGUUUACAGUUGUGUUCAAAAUAAUAGUUUGUUGACGAAAAAUGAGUAGAUCUCAAAAUAUUUGUAAUACAUUUUUAUUUUCGUACAAUGACAUGCACUGCACCUGUGAUUUCAAAUCAGAACAAAACACAUUUGUUAUUACUCUACUCUACAGGAAGCGGGGGAAUCAUAUAGAUAGACCUUUUGAGGAUUUAACUUUCCUUUGACUAACUGAACUAAUGUGAAGUUCUGGAACAACUAUUUCUGGAAUGGCUCCAGAUCUGUGUUGAAUGAAGUUGACCAACUUCAGAUGAUUGGACUACAUUCCACUACUCCAAGGCCUUUGUCUUUUUUUUUAGGUUUUGCCUUACAAACAUCAUGUUAGCUUACUGAUAGAUUACUUUGAGUCUGUAGAUUGGGAUGAACACACCAUAAAGUUAAUCUUUCUGGUCUGGAACUAAGAUACAGUCUGCUUGCUGGUGUAUUUGUGGUCAUUGUCCUUCUGAAACAACAGUUUUAAGGGCGUUCCCUACAACACAACGUCAGUUUAGUUGUCGUUUAACUGCUCCAUUAUCCCUUGUGUUACAUAAAUAGGCCCAGCAUUACAGAGCGACAAACAUCACAUAAUGAGCCCCCAAUCUUACUUCCAUCGGUCCAGACCAGUCAAUGUGCUCUCGGUCAAAAUGUAACCUCGUCACCUGUUCGCUUCAGACUUUCUGGCUUCUUCUAGGCUUCUUCCAACUGCUACAGCACUCAGAGGUAACUCCUUUGGGGUUAGGUUUUCAUUUUAAAGCGUUUGAAAUCAUUUUAGCUGGAGAGGCCAUCGUUUUCUGCUGUACUUUAUCCAUUUUUGUACCUCCCCAGUUUACUUUAUCCACUUCAGGAACAACCCAUUUAACGAAUUCAAUGAAUGUCCUCAUCGAUUGAACUCCACACUGACAUUAAUUUGAUCACACCCUUUGAAAUAGAGGUUCAAUUACAUAGCUAGCAGCAGGCGUGUUAAGGGAUUGAGCUAGCUAUUGUUUUGAACACAGCUGUAUGUUUUAAAUAUAUAAAAGCGGAGUUGGUGGACUCACUGACAUUUUCAGAAGUAAAAUUUAUAGAUUAAAAAAAAAAAAGACAGUCUCUAUAGACACACAUAUUUGAGUCAUGCUGAUAACAUCUCAAAGCACUGUGCUCCGACUAUUCAGGGUUUGUGUUGCUCCAGAAUUUGAUUGCUGUUCAUCAUGACCUUGAGAUGUACAGUACACUGGGGCAAAACUGAACAUCUACUUGGAACUGUAGCAUGGAACAGACUCGUUUACCCUCAUCGUGCAGCAACAUAACGCUGUGCUACAAAAGCUAAGUGUGAACACAGUUCAAAACACUUAGCUUUACAUGACUUACAUUCUUCUAAAUUAGGUUGGUAUUGGAAAACCCAUGCAUGAUAGUGCAGUUUGGAUGUUAUUUGCACUCCAGUGUUUGUUAGACAUCUAGAUAUGAAAUAAAAUAAAACAUUUACUGUUAAAGUUGUUGUAAAAGAAACAAUUGUCAGACUGGUGUGGAAAUGUAACAGAGUGGAGUUAGAGAAGCAAAUUAAAUCAGAUUUCCACAUAUAACGUGAAGCUAGCAGCAGGCUGCUAGGCUCAAAACUAGCAAGCUAAAGCUAGUCACCUUAAACGUCUGUACUCACCUUGUAAGCCAAUUUUUAUUUGUUCUGUUUUGUUUGGACAAGAAUUGGCUAUCCAAAAAUAAUUUUAUGAUUUGUGGCUGGAAAAUUAUUCCAAUUUUGUCCCAUGACAGAUCAAGGUGAGCUGAGCUAACUAGCUGCUAGCUUGGCCUUCGUUUGACUUGGAGCUUAAAUGAGCACUUUUGCAAAAAUGUUAUUCAAAAGAUAUAGAAAAAGUCGUUGAGUAAUGUAAAAGUUGCAAAAGAGAACGGGUUGGAAAAUCAAAGUUGGGUUUUUUUUUGUGGGCACUAUAACUGUCCAGCAAAGUACAGAAUCAGCGCUUCUCGGUGGAUAUAAUGUGCCAUAUUUAUAACGUGUCUUUGGAUAUAGUGUAAAGAGGUCAAAAGAAAUUGUUGGAAUGUUUAAUCGCAGGUUCUGUUGCACUAAAAUAAUCCUGUUACACGUCCUACUUACGUUGGCUGUCACUGAUUUGUUUGGUUUCUCGGAACCGUCCCUCCACCAACCUCUGUAAACCGGUGAUGGACAUUUUCCAACACGCCUCAUACAGGUGGCAAGUGAUCACACCGUUUCCAACAAAACAAACAAACAAAAAAAUUGUAAGAAGAUGCUGUACACCAUUUCUGAUUUCUUCGUGUGCUGGACCAGUCACAUUUUAUCUCAAAAGAUACAAAACUCGUCCUUUGAACCUUACAUGAGUUAUUGUCACAUUAGCAUCCUGCCCUGUUGUGGUACAUUUUACUCUACUUAUCUUCUAUGUCUGUCUUUGUUUACAUGAUGACAUUUUGCAUUAAGAGAGAACUACAGUCUAUGGUUACUGCCCUUGAAUAUCUGUAAUUUGAAUAGUGCUGCUAGAGAGAGAAAUCUAAAUGUAACAACUUACAAUAAAGAGUUUAUUAAUAGA